GCUUUAGUACUGUCAUUUCAUGGAGAGACUGGGACAGGUAAAAAUUAUGCAAGUGAAAUUGUAGUUAAAAAUUUGUUCCUUAAUGGGAUGAAAAGUAAUUUUGUGCACAUCUAUCAUGCAGCAGUUCAUUUCCCUCAUGUAUCCAUGUCUCAUAUUUACAUUGAAAAGUUAAAGAAGGAAAUUAAAAAUGCUGUUUAUUUAUGUGCAAGGGCAGUUUUUAUUUUUGAUGAAUUUCAUUUGAUGCCACCAAAUGUUAUUGAUAUCCUCCAAGUCUACUUAGAUUUCCAUGCUAAAGUGGACGGCGUCGACUUCCGCAAAGCUGCAUUUAUAUUUUUAUCUAAUCUUGCUUCAGAGAAUAUCAGAACCUUUACUAUAUCACAAUAUCAGAAAGGUAUUGAUCGACACAAUAUCAAACUACGAGACUUAGAAUCCAGCAUUGCAUACACUUCAUUUACUGAAAAGGGAGGUUUUUAUGGUAGUGAUCUAAUUAAAAGUCAUGUAGUGACUGCCUAUGUUCCCUUUCUGCCCUUACAGCGCAAACACGUAAAACUAUGCAUCGAUGAUGAACUGCAACGACGUAAUUUGGGCAGGAGCUACACUGAAGAAUUCAUUGACAAAAUAUUAAUAGAAUUACAUUUUGUAAACAGUUUUUCAGAGACUGGCUGUAAACGUGUUUUUGAAAAAGUGGCUUUUGCUCUCAUUAAU